CCCAGAAACCAACAGCUCUCAGGCUGAAGCUGGUAACCUCCCUGCUCAACAUGAAGGUCUCUGCAGCACUUCUGUGUCUGCUGCUCACAGCAGCCGUCUUCAGCACCCAGGUGCUGGCUCAGCCAGCUUCUGUCCCAACUGUCUGCUGCUUUAAUAUGGCCAGAAGGAAGAUCCCCAUUCAGCGACUGCAGAGCUACAGAAGAAUCACCAACAGCAAAUGUCCCCAGAAAGCUGUGAUCUUCAGCACCAAGCAGGACAAGAAGAUCUGUGUUGAUCUCCAGGAGAAAUGGGUCCAGGAUGCCAUGAAGUACCUGGACCAAAAAGCCCAAACUUUAAAGCCAUAAAUAUUCACCUUUUAAAACCA